AUGAUGCUGACUGUCACAAAAACAGCCAUCAGGACACUGACCGCAGACAAGGAGAGAGAGCCAACAGAAACAGUCACUUUAAACAACAUGGAAUCUGUAUCAUAUGACCGGUUUACCACACCUGAGGCAGAAAUUAAUCAUACGGGCCAAAAGUUAUUAUUUGAAUCAGGUAGACAGAACAGAAAGAUGUACAUACUGUAUGGUGUUCUUGUCCUUUAUGUGUUUAUACUGACGCUGGCUGUAGGAAUUAAAAUCUCUCAGGUCAGCCAAGAUGUCACUGAUCUUAGACUUUCUCUGAAGACCCUCGAUGCCCCCAAAACUCUGCAAUUUGAAAAUGCUCACUUCUCUGAGCGUGUAAUGCCGGUGCAAGGUCCCUGUAAGGAAAACUGGGUGUUUUAUAAAGACUCAUGCUACUUUCAUUCUUCAAUAAAGAAGAACUGGCAAACUGCUGAGAAAAACUGUGUUGAUAAAGGAUCACACUUAGUGGUUGUCAAUGACCUGGCUGAGCUUGACUUCCUGUCUUCAAUCGUGAAGUUGUCUGAGAGCUACUGGAUCGGGCUUGUUGAGAAAGAAGAGGGACAGUGGUCCUGGGUAGAUGGAACAGACUUUAGUGCUUCUGAACACUUCUGGGAUGUAGGUCAACCAGAUGACUGGGAUGUCCGUGUGAAUGGUGAGGAUUGUGGGCAACUUCACUUUCGGGUAACUCUGGAAAAACGGAGGCUGUGGAAUGAUGCGGACUGUACUCUUUCCUACCCUUUCAUCUGUGAGGCCAAACCCAAGAGCCACUGACAAACAUCAACCUCCAACACUGCCAAAAAUCACUUCCUUAAGCAGGGUUUCUGUCUUUUUUUUCCCCAGUAAAAACAUCUAAACUUCCUUAAAACAUGAUAUAAUUAUUUGAAAACAAGAUUGUAGAUAAUAGACUUAUUAGAGGACAUUCUUUGAAUUUUGAAGUAGAUUUUUUCCCCACUAAAUUUAAGCACGAAGCAGAACAUUUAAGUUGCUUAAAUUUACCAAUGAGAUAAGACCCAAUUAACUUCACUUCAAGAUAAAGUCUCUCUUAAUAUAUAAGGGAAUUUCGCUUCUCAGGUGCAUUAGACUGUAAAAAUAAUUUUUUUCAGUGUGUACUACACAAAAUAUUAUUUCAAAAAUAAGUGUGACAGACUAGUAUCAGUACAGGACUACAACAAUUUCUUUGAAUACUUGUUUUAAAUACUUUAAGUGUUUUUAAUUUAUAAGAUUUUUUUUCAAUAAUUGCAUAUAAAUGUACUUAACCUGAUUAAGCUACAAAAUAUUUUUUGAAUCAGUAUCUUUGUCUUUUUAAACAAGGUUAAAUUGCAGAUAGAUAAGAAUAAUACUUUUUCAAAGAAUAUAUAAUAAGUUUCAAUAACUGACUAAUUGUUUUUACUUGUUUUAAACACAAACUGGAUUAAACAAGAAGAACUGUUUGCCAGUGGGAAAAAA